GCUAACUUCAAAGCAGUGAGUAAGCGGCCCCUGACGAAGCACGAAUGUCGUUUUACAUUAUUUGAAGAUUAUUUCUUCUCACAUUGUCAACGCAAAGCAAAAUUCUGGCAAAAUUGUGCGCGUUCGUGCCCGAUGUCUAGUGCUGAAGUCGCCGAUAAUUCCGUUGACCCCCCGGCGAAAAAGCGGAAACUGAACACAGGAGAGUCUCGUUCGAACAACUCGGCAAUGGCGAACAAUGGAGCGCGCGUGGAAGAUGAAAUCGACGAGAGCCUGUACUCGCGGCAGCUGUACGUGCUGGGGCACGAUGCUAUGCGCCGCAUGGCGAGCUCGGACGUUCUUAUUUCUGGACUCGGCGGUCUCGGAGUGGAAAUAGCGAAAAACGUGAUAUUGGGUGGUGUGAAGUCUGUCACUUUGCACGAUGAGCGCACUUGCACAGUGGCGGAUUUGUCUUCGCAGUUCUACCUGUCGGAGAGUGCGAUCGGUCAGAACAGAGCGCUUGCUUCCUGCGAGCAGCUAUCCGAGUUGAACCACUAUGUGCCCACAACUGCGUAUACCGGUCCCUUGAAUGAGGAGUUUUUGCGUAAGUUUAGGGUAGUAGUGCUAACUGGUGCGUCAUGGGCGGAGCAGGAGCGAGUAGCUGCGAUCACGCACGCGAACAACAUCGCUCUAGUGAUCGCGGACACCCGGGGGCUGUUCUCGCGAGUUUUCUGCGACUUUGGGCCGGAGUUCACGGUGGUGGACGUGACCGGCGAGAACCCCGUGUCGGCCAUGAUCGCGAACAUCACGCACGAGUACGAGGCGGUGGUCACCUGCCUCGACGACACGCGCCACGGCCUCGAAGAUGGGGACUACGUUACUUUCAGUGAGGUACAAGGCAUGUCAGAGCUGAACGGUUGCGAGCCACGUAAAAUCAAGGUCCUCGGCCCAUACACCUUCAGCAUUGGAGACACCACCGGGUACUCCAGGUACAAGCGAGGAGGCAUCGUCACCCAGGUCAAGAUGCCUAAGAAACUCCAGUUCAAACCACUUAAGGAGUCAUUCAAGAGCCCAGAGUUCCUGAUUGCCGAUUUUGGCAAGUUCGACUACCCUCAGCAGCUGCAUGUGGCUUUUGCAGCCCUCUACAAGUUUGAGGAGGGCGAGGGGAGACUCCCGAAGCCGUGGAGUACUGCUGACGCCAGCAAGUUCAUGGAGUAUGUAAAGACUGUGGUUCAAGACGAGUCCCUGUUCAAGGAAGGAGAGUUAGAGAUUAACAACGAGUUGCUGGACACAUUCUGCAAGGUAUCAUCAGGAGACCUGAACCCAAUGAACGCAGCCAUCGGCGGUGUGGUGGCCCAGGAGGUGAUGAAGGCUUGCUCCGGAAAGUUCCACCCCAUAGUCCAGUGGUUGUACCUGGACGCCAUCGAAUGCUUGCCCAAGGACCGGUCGAUCCUCACUGAAGAAGCCUGUAAGCCCACCGGAUCUCGGUACGACGGCCAGGUCGCCGUGUUCGGCAAGGACUUCCAGAAACGUCUCGGAGAGCUGAAGUACUUUAUUGUUGGCGCGGGCGCCAUCGGCUGCGAGCUGCUGAAGAACUUCGCCAUGAUCGGCGUCGGCGCGGACGGCGGCAGCGUCACCGUCACCGACAUGGACCUCAUCGAGAAGUCGAACCUCAACAGGCAAUUCCUCUUCCGCCCGUACGACGUGCAGAAACCCAAGUCCAGCACUGCUGCUAAGGCUAUCAAGCGUAUGAACCCAUCUAUGAACGUGAUCGCUCAGGAGAACCGCGUGUGCCCCGAAACAGAAGCCGUUUACGACGACGCGUUCUUCGAGGCUUUGGACGGAGUCGCCAACGCGUUAGACAACGUCGACGCUCGCAUAUAUAUGGACCGACGCUGCGUGUAUUACAGGAAGCCACUUCUGGAGAGCGGCACGCUGGGCACCAAGGGAAAUACACAGGUGGUGGUACCAUUCCUGACGGAGUCGUACAGUUCAUCGCAGGACCCGCCCGAGAAGAGCAUCCCGAUAUGCACGCUGAAGAACUUCCCGAACGCGAUAGAGCACACGCUGCAGUGGGCGCGCGACGAGUUCGAGGGGCUGUUCCGGCAGGCGGCCGAGCACGCCGCGCACUACCUGCAGGACCCGCACUUCCUCGAGCGGUGCAUGAAGCUGCCCGGCAGCCAGCCGCUGGAUGCCAUCGACAGUGUUAGGAACGCAAUCAACGAACGGCCACUGAACUUCGAGGACUGCGUCACGUGGGCACGCCUGCACUGGGAAAACCAAUACGCGAACCAGAUUAAACAGCUGCUGUUCAACUUCCCGCCAGACCAGCAGACCACCAGUGGAGCGCCCUUCUGGUCCGGCCCCAAGCGGUGCCCGUCGCCGCUCGAAUUUGACCCCAAUGAUGAACUUCAUUUGGACUAUAUUGUCGCAGCUGCUAACUUGAAGGCACAUGUUUAUGGAAUACCCAGCUGUGUGGACAGGGAAUGUAUUGCUAAGCUUGCUAGCACUGUUCAGGUACCAGAAUUCAGCCCCAAAUCUGGCGUUAAAAUCGCAGUGACAGACGCGCAGCUGCAGCAGAACAACGACGAGAUGGACCAGGACCGCGUCAAGAACAUCAUCGCUGAGCUGCCGCCGCCCAGCAAGCUCGGUGCGCUUAAGAUCACGCCACUCGAGUUCGAAAAGGACGACGACACCAACUUCCACAUGGACUUCAUUGUGGCCGCCUCCAACCUCCGCGCCGCCAACUACAAGAUCCCGCCCGCCGACAGGCAUCGCUCUAAGCUCAUCGCCGGCAAGAUCAUCCCGGCCAUCGCCACAACCACCUCUGUGGUCGCCGGCCUCGUCUGCCUUGAGCUGUACAAACUGGCGCAGGGUUUCAACACGUUGGACGUUUUCAAGAACGGCUUCGUGAACCUCGCCCUCCCAUUCUUCGGCUUCUCGGAGCCCAUCUCGGCGCCCACAAACACUUAUUACGACAAGAAGUGGACCCUGUGGGACAGGUUCGAGGUGAAGGGCGAGGUCACGCUGCAAGAGUUCCUAGACUACUUCAAGGACGAGCACAAGCUGGAGAUCACGAUGCUGUCGCAAGGCGUGUGCAUGCUGUACUCGUUCUUCAUGCCGAAGGUGAAGCGGCAGGAGCGGCUGAACUUGCCAAUGUCGGAGGUGGUGACGAAGGUGUCGAAGAAGCGGCUGGAGCCGCACGUGAAGGCGCUGGUGUUCGAGCUGUGCUGCAACGACGACGACGGCAACGACGUCGAGGUGCCCUACGUCAAGUACACCCUGCCUUAGUAGCGCACCGGAUCUGCUCACGAGCCCUUUGCAUAUUGUGAAGCAUUUAGACCGUGACAGUUGUGUGGCGGUCGGCGCGAGCCGCCGGAGUGCCGUGAGUUCGGUGCCGGACGCGACUGUACAGUGACAGUUGAUGUGUGAUUUUAAUUUGUGCUUCAGAACAUGCUUCACUUUCAAAUUUCAUAUAUUUAUAGUAGUUAAUGUUCGUUUGCUCAUCGUCUCAUCGAUACGCAUUACGCGCUAGCAUUUUAUUAUUUUAUGUCGUGGAAUAUAUUGUUUUUUUUUAUACCAAAUUCUAUAUGUCAACAUUGAAAUCAGAUGGGUCUGUAUAUGAAAAGAAAUAAAUAAAAAUGAGCA